AUGAGUGGCUCCUUCGGCUUCAACGCAUACGACGACUUCCUGCAGACGCAGCCGGCGCAGUCGCAGUCGUCGCAGAGCUUCCCCCUCACACAGGCGUCGCAGUCUCAGUACGCCUUCGUGGAUCCUUCGGACGCCGGCAGCAGUGCGGAUUCGUUUUACGACCAAUACCAAGCACCCGUUGGGAGUGGUACGUCCUUUUUCGACCAAUCAGCAGCUGCGGAUGACGCAUCCAGCACCUUCCAGAGCCAACUGGACGAUGCCAGUCUCGCCGGCGACUUCCAGAGCCUCACAUUCGACGAGACGGCGGACGAAGACGCUCUGGACUACACAGCAAGAGAGCUGCCCAAACACGCCUGCGCCUACUGCGGUCUGCACGAUCCUGCGUCGGUCGUCAAGUGUGUAGCCACCGAAAAGUGGUUCUGCAACUCCCGAGGCAACACGAGCGGCUCGCACAUCAUCCAGCACCUGGUCCGCAGCAAGAACAAGGAAGUGUCGUUGCACCCCGAGUCCCCACUAGGCGAAACGGCGCUGGAAUGCUACAACUGCGGCUGUCGCAACGCGUUUCUAUUGGGCUUUAUCCCCGCUAAACAAGACUCGGUGGUCGUGCUGCUCUGCAGAGAUCCGUGUCUACAGAUGAACGCGCUGAAAGAUAUGAGCUGGGAUAUGUCCCAGUGGCUGCCAAUCAUCGACGACCGGAGCUUCCUCCCGUGGCUCGUGAAGGUCCCGUCCGAGCACGAACAGCUGCGUGCCAGACAGAUAACAUCCACGCAGAUCGCCAAGCUGGAAGAGCUGUGGCGUGACAAUCCCCUGGCGACGGUGGAAGACCUGGACCGACCGGGCAUCGACGACGAGCCUGUCAAGGUGGCGGAGAUGUACGAUGACGGGUAUCAGUAUCAGAAUAUAUUUGGCCCGUUGGUCAAAAUGGAAUCUGAUUACGACAAAAAGAUGAAGGAAUCUCAGACGCAAGAAGGAGUGAUGGUCAGAUGGGACACGGGGCUCAACAAGAAGCGCAAUGCGAUUUUUACUUGUUCCCGACCGGACUCAGAUCUGAGACUUGUCCCGGGAGAUGAGAUCCGUCUCCGCUUGGGCGCCACUGCCAGCAUGUUGUACGGCAAAGACUGGGAAGGCACGGGCCAUGUGCUGAGACUGGAGGAGUCCGAAGUGGCGCUGGAGAUGCGGAGCAGCAACGUGCCCAUCGAGAUCACGGACGGAUACCUGACGUUCGCAGUGACGACACGUCGCUGA